AUGCGUAUUUCGAGCCGAGUAAGUUACAAACUGUCAGGAGGAGGCAAGUCCUACCUCAUGCACCUAUUUAGAUUUCUUUGAGGGUGUCAACAAGCAUGUACCGGUAGAUAGAGGUGAUCUGGCUGACAUGGAGCACUUGGAUUUUCAAAAAAGCUUUUGAUGAAGCCCCUCGCCAAUGACUCCUGCGUAAGUUUAGCAGUCGAGGAAUCAUAGGAGAGGUCCUCUUGCUUAAGCUGCAGGAAUGAAAUAGUAGGAAUAAACGGACAGCUUUCCAAAUGGGCAGAUGUUGAAAAUGGAGCCCUCCAAAGAUCAGUGUUGGGACUGUGCUCUUUUAAGUUGUUUAUAAAUGAUUUAGAAUUAGGGAUUAGCAGCAAGGAGGCAAGGUUUGCUGGUAACAUUUUUUAAGAUUGUUAAAAUGAAAAGAGAGUGUGAUCGUUUGGAAAGGAAUUGAAAACAAAAUUGCCGGUAUCAUACCAUGCAACUUUUCUUUGAACACUCUGUGACAUUCUGGUUGCCUCACCUCCAAAAGGAUAUUGUAGAGGAAACGGUCUGUAAAAAAGGUAACCAAAAUGAUUGAGAAUGGACUAGAUGGGUCAUUUGCCCAAUUCAGCAGGCUAUUAUUAUUAUUAUUAUUAUUAUUUGAAUUAAUAUAUGGUGGAACCUUGUGUUACGUACCGCCCACCUUACGGAUGCUUUGGGUUACGAGCUCUGCUAACCUGGAAGUAGAUGCUCCUGGUUGCAAACUUUACCCUGGAUGCGAGUGGAAGUUGCGUGCCAGCAGCGUGCCAGCAGCGGGAGGUGCCAUUAGCGAAAGCAUACCUCAUGUUAAGAACGGUUUCGGGUUACAAACGGAACUCCAGAAUGGAUUAAGUUCGUAACCGGAGGUACCACUGUACCUCCCUAUGCCCAGGGUCUCAGGGUGGUUCACAGAAUAAACUUUUUAGGCAUAGAGCGGGGCUGUAUCAGGUUUGUAUUAGAAAUAGCACAGAUUGAUUUCUGCUCUUCAGGGUAGGAUUGAUAGCUUGCAUGAUGUGGAAGCCCCACAACAGGUAGAUAUAUGUAGAGUUGUAGGAUUGGCAGCUCAUUUAUUUUUUUUUUAAAGUUGUAUUGGAAAGCUGGUGUUCUCUUGCUGGCAUUCAGCAGGUAACUCAGGGUUUUCAUGCAAAAUUUCCUACCAGCGUGUGAUCAUCUCAGAAGAAAGAGAAAGUGGCAUUUAGUAGAGAGGGGAGGAUUGCAUAAAGCAGAGAUGGAGAGUCUGUGGUCCUCCAGAUAUUGGACUAUAGUGCCUAUCACACAGGCUGAUGGGAGUGGGGAAUCCAAGAGCAUAAGGAGGGCCAUAGAGUCCCCACCCCUGGACUAAAAAGAUGUUUUCUGAUAGUGUGCAGUUGGCCUCUCUAAAGAGGUAUUAGCCAACCUGUUUUCUGCAUUGGUUCCUGUUGGGAAGGCUUGAGCAGUUUGUUUUCAUUGGGCAACAUUUGGGAGGCUCCCAUCUUAAAUGAAGAAUUGCAUCCCCACAGGGCCUGUUGCUUUGUGCCUGGCUGUGCUUUGCUAGUGGAGUGUUUUUCCUUGACUUUCUACAUCUCAUUCGUUCCAUCAACGACCCAGAGCAUCCCUUAACAUUAGAAGAACUAAACGUCGUAGAACAAGUUCGAGUCAAGGUCAGUGUUGUUGGCCUUUCUCUGCCUUUUCCAAGCUGUAGAGAAAAAAUGGCCACUUUUUGAGCCAGAGGCCGGCUGAACAGGCUGUAGCCCAUGUCACUAAAUUCAUGAAAACCAGGUACAAACAGAUCCUUUAGGAGAGAUGCAGCUUCAAGGAAGAACAGGUGUCUUUCCAUUUUUGCCUGGCCUGAUUCUUAAAUUCCCCAUUUCACUUCCCCACUGCCCAGGAGGCUUUUUAUAUAACUGCACCUGUGUGACUUAUCCAAGCUGCUACCAUCAUGCCCUACGGUGAUGCCCCCUCCCAUCUCACCACCACCUGGUUAGCUCAGUGGCCCUUGGCUCAGACUCAGACACUAUAUUCUUUUAUAUAGUGUAAGUGUGGGGUUUUGUGUCAGCGUCAACUGGGUAGGUUCUCUUUCUGUUCACUUAUUACAUUUCCUUGGUGGUGAGGGAUGGGGGUGGGGCCAGGGUGUUGGCUGUCUGUAGUUGGCUGCAGUGAGGUUUGUUUGCAUUUGUGAGGGGGUGGGAUUGUUGGGUCAAGUUAGCCAUAUUGAUUCGUAUGCUGUGGAUGGGUUCUUGUUGGGCUAUGAUAAAGGGGAGCAAUUUGGGGGUGAAGGUGUUCUAUUUGUCCCCAGGUUGCUUGGUUUUCUUUGUGAAUUCCUGGGCAUCAUCUUCAGACUGAGAGGAGUCUAAUUCUCAAAGUACAAAUGCAGAGUUAGUAAGAUGCAAAGAGACAAGCCAAUUAGCUCUUUUUCCAAUUAGAACAGCAUUUUAUCUGGUUUAAAUUAUGACUCUCUUGAAAAAAAAUUGUGAUUGUGUCGGGAUGGGUCUUUCACAGGUAAAUGAUGCUGAGAGCACCGUUUCAGUGGAAUUCACCCCCACCAUUCCACACUGCAGCAUGGCAACAUUAAUUGGCCUUUCAGUCAAAGUGAAGCUGAUCAGAUCCCUCCCAGAAAGGUUUAAGGUGAGUGGAUGUAAAUGGCCAAAAGGGCGAUGGAGAAAUUCUGUUUUCGUUGCAUAGGGUGGACAUGAGGGGCCUUUGGGGCUAGUGAGGCAUUGCUCUUGAGUGAUCAGCUGGAAGUAGAAUUGUACUGGUAGUUCUGCUUUUACAGUGUCUGCAUUCCCCAUUGCAAACCUGUGGUGCUCACCCCUUGUCUCCCACCAGCCAUGAGCAGAAAUUAGAAUUCUGCAGGGGAUAGAAAGUGCGGUGGCAGCUGCAAGUUCCUGUAGCUCCUCAAAGCAUUGAAAACCAAGACAAAUGUGGGAGACAAAACAAUGACCUGGGUCAGCAACCUUCAAGGGGAACUCCAAAGUGCUGCUUUGACUUGACAUUCUAGAGUGUUGUGAAAGUGUUGCAGGGGAUGGGGUGGGGAUGGCAGAUAUAAAUUCAAACAGCCAGCAGUGCCAGAAAGGGCCUAGGAAAGGGCCCCAGACAAACAACUGGCUUGGUCCUUUGGGAGUAGCUCCUGUUUGUGAGACCACUGCUUGGCUCCAAGAGGCAGCAGCUACUGCACCCUGGAAAGCAGCAUGAAUUUCCUUCUUACUUGCUUCCAGUGACUCCCAGUUUCAGAAGUUCUUGCUCAUCUUGGCACUUGACGGGCUAGGCAUCAAAGGGAUAUGUGGGCUUUCCUUCUCCCCUUUGUUUCUAUUAAAGCACCUGAGGCUAACAAUUGCAGGAUCCCACGCAGCCCAUGCUGCUUUUUUGAAUUUGACAUGCUGGAAACCAAGUGCCGUUUUUUCAAAGCAAUAAAGAAAGGGGUCCCUGGCUGCCCCCCAGCCCCGCCAUUGAUCAGAUGCCUUCUUUCAGUUGUUUGAGCCACUCCUGCUCCCUAGUGGCUUCUUCAUAUCCAGUGGUGGGGUAUUCAAAAGCUUUUGAUCAAGGCAAUCUGCCCAGCCAAAGUAUUUAUCCCACUCGAAGAAUUCUUGGGUUGGAAUUAGAAACAAAGAAACUGCCAAAGUGACAGCGCAUCCUCACCAAUGAGACACAGAAUGGAAGGGAGGGGACUGGUGAUGGUGUGUAACAGAGCAACCAAAUUAAAUUAAGGUAAAGUUGGAUUAGCGAGGUAUAAUUUUAUUAUUCCUCCAGUUGGUUCAACCUGGGGGAACAUUAUUUGGUGACACAAAUGAUGCUUCUUCUUUUCUUCCUCCCAGGUGGAUGUCCACAUAACCCCUGGAACACAUGCAUCAGAGCAUGCAGGUACGUUUGAAAUUCACCACAAAAUACCCCUCAGAAUAGGUCACUUACAUUCCCUUCUAUAUUUGUUUUGAAGCAAAGCUGGAAGGGAAGAGUACAAAUACCACUUGGAAUUUUUUUGGUGGGGUCCUAGCCCUUCAGCUAUACAGCAGAGGAGGAUGGAUGGAUGGAUGUCUUCACUAACUCCUCUUGUGGGGUUCUUUUUCACAGUAAACAAGCAACUGGCUGACAAAGAGAGAGUGGCGGCUGCCUUGGAAAACAACCACCUGUUGGAAGUGGUGAAUCAGUGUUUGUCUGGGCGCCCCUGA